UGCUCAUCAAACAAAACUCCUUUUUAGUCCGAUCGUUUUUGGAUGAGGUCUUAUGAUGGUUUCGUCAUGUUGUCCACCUCUCUUGUACAGUAGCCGUCUUCAUUAUUUCGAGAAGUGUAGUUUGCGGUAAGAAGUAGUACAAGAUUUUCAUACAACCACAUCAAGUUCUACAAAAAUGCGGUCCGCUUGUGCUAGUACUACAACUCGUGGAGGUAACAUUUUUCGAUCUAGACAGAGUGUGUAAGUACACCACCACCACCAGCACGACGUCGACCUCCGCCUGGGCUGUUUUUAAUGACCGCGAAGCUCCUGCGCCGUUCUAAAGGUAUCGGUCGACGAUGAAAAUGGGUGAGGAAAAAAUGCGGAGAUCACAAAGGAGCUGCAAGCCGACGUCCCUACUACCGACAUCUGCCUCCUCAAGCAGGCGACGGCAACGGGUGGUGGCUCUCGCAACCGCCGGACUGCAGUUUCAUGGGCAUUUUUCUCAUUUUUACUCUUGCACCGCGGACCGACAGGCCGGGGGAAUUUCCGAUGCGGAUAAUGAACCAGGAGCAGCGGCCCAGGCGCUGGUGUCGGAAGACAAACAUAAUCUUAAUCUUCCCAGUAGCAGCGCCAGCGCCUCAGGCGACGCACCACCGCCACAGCUCCGGGCCGCUGAAGAGGAAAGAAAUCUGGUGCGGCAAGCUGCUGGUGUCGAAGAUGCGGGAUUUAGAAGUAGUACUUCAACAUCCGGAGCCGGUCGGGACGCAGGUGCACUGCCAAGGCGGUUGCAAGAGGAUGCAGCCGCUCCAAGCAGUGGGACAACGGACCAAAGAGGAGGAUCUUCACAUGGUGCAGCGGCGGCAGGAGCACCAAGCGAGGAUGCAGUUGACUCAUCUUCAAACAGUAGGCACAACCAGGCUGCAACAGACCAGGUCGGCGCAAAUUAUGCUACAGACAAUUCGCUCACGACAGCAGGACAAAAACAAGAGCAUGGUAGAAGUUUUCCUAGCGCAUCAGGUUUGAAGGUUCCCAGAACGGAAUCGGAAUACCGUCGCGCGCUGAGUGACGAUGUGGAGGUGGGUGGCAAUAUGAUGGCAGACAACGACGGUACAAGUACGCAACAGGACAUGGAGCUUGUGUCCUUACUGGGCGGGAAUCCGAGUAGCGAGGAAGUCGAGCACUUGCGCGAGCACCACACGUCCGAUGUGGAUCGCGACGGGGUGUUGGAGGCGGAUUACGACCACGAUGGCAUCUAUCAACCGUAAAAAUGUCUGGGUCUGCAAGAAUCCAACUUGUCAUGCUGAUUUUGGAUUCUAAAAAAGUCUGUAUUGCAUGAGCAGCAAAGAGAACCCAAGUUUUGCUACGCUGAGAAGGCAUUUGUCAUGCGGAAUAGGCAUCAAGAAGCCCUCAAAAAAUCUGUAUUGCUAGGGUAUGCAUCACAGACAUCGUGGCUCAUGCAAAACGUGCGUGACAAGUUGUGCCACUAGGGCCUCGUGUUCCGGCUACUCCGGAUCGCAAUCGAUGGAGGAUGGGACCUGCACCGGCGACAGGCGCUACCCAACCAACCAACCAAGUGUCAGAAUCUUCCAGACCCAGACAUUUUUACAGUUGAUAGCAUCCCAGAGUCGCACGUCUACACCAAAUUCAUCCACAAACUUCUACCGGAUACGCAGUAUCUGGAAUCCGCAAAAUCUUACGUCAAGGAUUACGCAAAUGACGUGCGGGUUUUUGUCAACAAGUAUUGUGAGGAAAAAUCCCUCUUCCCCAUACCGAGAAGGAAAUUUGUGAUGCUGAUUUGUGACCACAAAUCAGGUCUGUCUUGCAUAUGGGGCAAAUGGGAGCCGCUUGGCGCAUUCCACAGCCAAUCUGUGAUGCGCUUUUGCAUACUGCAAAGGUGUCUGCCCUGCCUAACUGCUAGCUUGCUGCAUACCCAUCAUUCAGGCUUAGGAAGUGCCUCCAAGCGCCAUGUGCAAUACAGCCCUGAUUUGUGUACAGAAAUCCAGCAACAGAAAUUUCUUGUUUUCUAUGGGGUGGUGGCUUUUUUUCGCUUUGAUAACAAAAUCUGGCCGAGCGAAAACCCGCAGGAAACAUACAGGUAAGAGCAGUAGUUCGUCUGGGGUAUUUUAUGCGACACGUUGGACAAGUUUUUGGAUAUGAAAAUUUUGCAGCUGCACAUGCUACAUGUUUUCCGCGUUGUGGGUGUUUGUCAACAUCAAAUGCUAUGAUAUCACAUCACCAACAGGUACUACGACUUCCCGUUAGUCUGCGCCCCCGAGUUGCCGAUCCCGCAGUUUAUGACCUUGGGCCAGAUACUCCAGGGCGACCGGCUGCUUUCUUCCCAGCUAGAUUUCAAACGCCUGCCUUCCCAGUUUUGGAAGGUAGAGGCGAGUCAACCGGGUUCCGCGUUUGUGUAUGAGACCAAGACCAAGGUUAUUUGCGAGCGCGAGCUGAAUCCCUGGGAGAUCGCGAUGCUAAGAAAGGGGAUUGAUGAGUGGUACUUACUUGCUUUAGUUACUACAUGGAGGACCACUUGUUCUGUACUACUUUGGAGGCACCACAAAAUUGUUUUGAUGAAUGGUGGCACCAGAGAAAUGAACCUAGCACGUGCACGUGGUCAACAUCAAGGCACGUAGUACCAGAAUAGCAGCACAUAACGAUGCAUGUGAUCAUCCAGCACCAUAAUGGCAAGUUUAGGUCUAUCUUGCAUCAUCUUCACGUGUUGUACAUACAACAUAAAGAACACGCGACACCACCAGGUACAUCGCCGAGCUCUCUGUGGAUCAGUUUCCCGUCUCGGAUUUCAUCGGCAUUAAGCUGUCCCCGAAUAAUAUCGAAAGAAAAAACUGUGAACUUGUGAUGCAUAGAAUGGAACACAGAACUUUUUGUGUUGCUACACCUGCACGGCCUUGACUCGUGGAGGGUGUUUUCCCUGUGGCAGCGCGCAUGACAAAUUUUCUGUGUCAUGUGUAAAGAAACUUGUGAUGCGGAUCUUGCAAAUUUAUCACAGUGAAACACUUUUUUCGUUGGAUAAAUAACGCCAAGCACUAUGAAGAACUGGAGAAGGAAGGGGACAAGGAGAUCGCGGAAAGCAGCCUCCGCCCGGAAGAGACGCCUAUGAACUGCAAAUAUGUCUGGGUCUGGAAGAAUGCAAGAUCUGUCAUGCUAGGCUGGCAUGACUCAUAAAUCUGUGAUGCAUGAGCAGGAGAAGGGCUGGUUGCCUGUCAUGCAAAAACGCAGUUUGCCAUACGGAAAACGAAACAGAUUAGCAGCCCAAAGAUUUGUCAUGCUUGACGGCGUAUUGCACUGCGGCUGCGCUCACCAUUCACAUCUUAGCAUCACAAGUUUCCAGACCCAGACAUAGAUAUUUGCAGUCCAUAACGCCGUUCCACAAGCAAAAUCUGGCCGAGAAGAUGUGGAGCGUGUACGUCUCGGAAUUGUACCACAAAAGGGAGGGCCUGAUUGACAACGAGCAGGACAUGAAUUUGUCGGAAGAGGAGAAGGAGGAUCUGAAAAAGAAAUCCAAGUACUACCUGCGCAACCACUACGACUUUGAGGUCACGCACAGCAAGGGGGAGAUCAUGCAGGUGAAGAUGACCUCGCCGCUUCUAUCCGACAUGACGGAGCUACCCGACAUCCCGCUCUUCAUAUGACCCGCUCAAACGAUAGAAUCUCAAACGUUACAAUAGAAUCUGGAUUUUGUCUUGCAUGCUAGGCAUGACAGAAUCGCGGAGCGUUCCACUUUCUGCAAUACAGAUCUCGGCAGAUUCUAGUGCGGUUUGGGGCUCCGAAACUUGUCAUGCGCAACCCUGUGAGAGUAGGUUAGCUCAUGCACUUCUUGCAUCACAGAUUUCUAUAUUCUACUGUAACGUUUGAGAUUGUAACGCUUGAGCAAGUUAUACUUCUCCUUCAGCGGUUCUUUCCCUGAGGGUAUCUUCUACAAAAGUAUCGCAUAGUACUCGUGCUAAUUUUUGCAUCGAUGACGCAUGCUGACAAGUUUCCUCUGUUUGAAGAAAAUUAGCAUUAAAAAUCAUGCCAUCUGGAAAAAGUUGGAAGGCAAUUUCUAGUAGUGCGAUAACUUUUCUGAAGAUGCAUAGAUGGGGAUGCGAAAAUGAACACGAACAUGAAAAAGUCGUUGAAGUAUCCUGUGCAGAAGUAUCGUACUCGUACGUAAUUGCAAUCAUGCAUUACAAAUCCUUUUCUUAAGGUAAAUCCGCAUUACAAAUUUUAUUUCUAAUGCUGAGAAAAUUUGUAAUGCAUUUAUACGAGUGCGAUACUUUUGCAAUGCAUAUGAAGGUCCAGUUCACGAUGUCCGUGCACUGGUUUCCGCACACGGACUACGGGAUGACCCGGGACGAGGCGCUGGAGUACCAAAUCAUGCACAACUAUCCUAUGUAAAAACGUCCCCACGAUCCCAUAGUCAAGAUGGGGAAUCGGCUAGACAAGUCCACAUGUUUUGGCCGUUUUGCAUGACAAAUUUGGACUCGUAGUGUAGUGCUGUUUGAGGUAGUUCAGCAGCAUCACAGAUCUCGUAUAUGAUGCAGAUUGGAGCAUGACAAAUUCCAAAACACGACUAGGCAAUGCUUCUCAUGGGGCUUCGCAUGAGAAACAUUUUCAGCAUGCAGUUUUGCAUUACUUACAAGGGUGGAGACGUUUUUACAUACGAUAACAACUACGCCGGAAUUGUGUCCGAGGAGGAGGGAAGGGAAGGACGAGCGCAUAUGAAGGUACAUAAAUUUGUAAUGCAAAACAAAGCAUGACAAGACCUCUUUGUCAUGCAACCCGGGGAAGCAUGACAAAAACUACUUUUUCAGGUCCACUGGUUCGGAAUUUUGAACGCCAUCGCCGUCAUGGGUGUGGUUUCCGUGGUGGUGAUUUCCGUCCUGAUUCGUAACCUCCAAUCUGACUUAGCCGACGCCUUCGUCGAGGGGUUCAACACUGCCAUGGGCAACGAAAGCAAGACGACAACGAGUAAGAAGCCGCAGUACAUAUGAAAUGCAAAAAUGUCUGGAUCUGGAAGAGUGUGACCUUGCCCUUGAGGUCCGGAAUGCGGGACCUAGCAUGACAGAGUUUGUGAGGUCUCUUUCAUGCCUAUCCUGCAUGGGAAGCUCCCUCCCAACUUGGUCGAAAGUGGACAGCUUUUGGCACUCAUGCAACACAGAUUUUUGCAUGAUUCGGAUUUAGCAUGACAAGUUGCAAUCUUCCAGACCCAGACAUUUUUGCAAUCCAUAGUACAACGUAAUCGGCAACGCCAACGCGGACGGCGGCGGCCAGGCUAUACGCAUUGCAAAUUUGUCUGGAUCUGGAAUGCUGCAACUUGUGAUGCACAUUUCAAUUCACACAAAAAUUUGUCUUGUAUGAACAGCAAAAAUUAAUGUCUCAUAUUCUUGGCCAUGAUGAGAGCGGACUUGUUCUCAUGCAGAGUAGGGGGCAUCACGAAGCCCCCCGCGAAAAACCGGUGAUGCUAGUCCCUGCAUGCCAGACGCUCUGGGUCAUGCAAAACCUGCAUUACAAACAUCUGCACUUCUGCUCAUCCAGACCCAGACAUAUUUGCACUUGAUAGGCCAAAACGUUGGACGAUUUGGUUUCUGACUUCGACGAUUUAGACAACUAUCAAGUGCAAUAAAUAUGUCUGGGUCUGGAAGAAUGCAACUUGUGAUGCUGCAUUUGGAUGUCAAAAAAAUCUGUGUUGCAUGAGCAGCAAAAGAAAUCUAAUUUUUGCUACGCGGAGAGGGCAUUUGUCAUGCGGAAUAGGCAUCAAGAAUCCCUCAAAAAGCCUGUGAUGCUAGGGCAUGCAUCACCGACAUCAUGGCUCAUGCAAAACGUGCAUGACAAGUCUCAGAAUUAUAUUCCAGACCCAGACAUAUUUGCGAUUGAUAACAACACCUUUGAGUUUAUGUCCCAUACCGGCUGGAAGCUAUCCUCUGCAAAAGUAUCGUAUCUCGUAUAAAUGCAUGUCUUGCAUUACAAAUCUUUUUCUUGAGGCAAGUCCGCAUUACAAAUUUUAUUUCUCACGCUGAGGAAAUUUGUAAUGCAUUUAUACGAGUGCGAUACUUUUGCACUGCAUAGAAGCUCCUCCAUGCCGACGUGUUCCGCCCGCCGAAGUUCCGCACGGUGUUCGCCUCCAUGGUGGGAACCGGCACGCAAAUUCUGAUCAUGUCACUCUCUGUAGUGUUUUUCGGGUGUUUCGGGCACUACCACAACAACGCGGUGAUCAGCUCCAUGGCGUUUUAUGCAGGAUAAAAACUGUGUAAGUGUAACUUUGUAGGAAGAGCAGCCUCACAAAUUCGCUUUCCAUUGCAGGGAAAACCUCUCAUGCGCAGGUAGUAGUAGUGGAGACACGUAUGAAAGUAGCCCAUGACGCACAUUCAGCAUGACAAGUGUAGCAGUUUUGCAUUUUCUGCAUCACAGACUUACACUCACAUAGUUUUUUUCUGCGAUACGUUUUUCUACGUUUGCAGCGCGGUCGUGGCGGGCUACGUGUCCGGGUCUUUGUACCAAGUUAUCCCCCAGAAAAAAGCAGACAGGGCAGAUUUGUAAUGCAAAAAUGAAUACACAGAAAAAUGCGUACCCUAAACAGCAUGCUAUGGGGUCGUCCAUGACAGAUUUUUCUGCGGAUUAUUUUUGCAUUACAAAUUAUCUGACUUGCGUCUCUAUUACUUUUUCUGUGGGAUACAAGUGUUGAACGGCGAAAGGUGGACCUUAAACAUCUUACUCACCAGUCUGAUGUUCGCUUUACCCUGUUUCGUAAUUUGGUCCGUGCUGAACACCAUCGCGAUCUUCUACUCCUCCACCGUGGCCGUUCCCUUCGCGACGAUAGUGCUGCUGCUGUUCGUAUGGAUCUGUGUGACCAUCCCCCUGACGGUGGUUGGGGGCGUGCUGGGGAGACAGGUGGUGAUUAAGAAAUACUUCGAAACCAGCGAAAUUGCCAGCUACUUUCCCUGCAAGACCAACAAGCUGGAGAGGCACAUACCGCCGCACGCGAAGACUUGGUACUUCUAUAUGAAGCAGCUUUUCAUUCCGUGUGAAUUUCUCGUCUUGCGAAGAUGAUCCUAUUACGAAGUAGAUACUACACAAAAAAUUUCAUUUUUGUCUUGUCAUGCUCAUGUUGAUGUUGCACCCACACCCCAUAUCAAAGCGCGAAAUAAACAAGACAUCAAAACUUUAUCGAAACCCUCCUCACAAGGUCCCGGUCCGUGCUGAUUCAGUAUAUUUGCUGCGGCGGCCUCCCUUUCCUCUCCAUGUACGCCGAACUGCACUACAUCUUUGACUCCGUUUGGGGCCAUAUGACAGGGCACAACUCCCCCUCCCCCUCAUUUGUGUUGCAUGAACAGCAACACAAGCAACAGCAGAAAAUGGGCUUUCGCAUGACAAAUCUGCAUGCGGAUUGUAGUACUAUUUGACGUUCCAAACUUUGUCAUGCUAGCAGUGCUUACGUGCAAGGUGUGAAUUUGGUAUUUUGCAUGACAAAUGAGGGGGAGGGGGAGUUGUGCAUUGUUACAGGCCACGCGAGCUACCGAGUUUUUGGGAUACUCCUCCUCACUUUGGUUCUGACCAUCAUGGUGUCUGCCUUGCUGUCCGUGCUCUUCGUCUACUGGACUUUGAAUGCCGAGAAUUACAAGUGGUGGUGGAGGUCUUUCUAUUCCGGGAGCAGCCUGGCGGUGUUUUUCUACCUCUACUGCAUCUCCUACUUCAAAGCGUCGCUAAUGGAUUCCUUUCUGCAGGGAUCCUUUUUCUUUCUCUACUCCUUGGUAAUCGCGUACGGGAUAUUCUUGAUGAUGGGAGCGAUAACCUAUUGGAGCUGCUCGAGGUUUCUCCACUACAUCUACGCGAGGAUCAAGAGCGAUUGAUUGUGGCACUAAGUUUGUACAACUGGGCGCAGCACGUCGUCGUGUCUGCACUGCUUCGAAAAUGAUUUUCACAAGUGAUAAGCACAUUGGAGCAUCAGGAUACACACUUACAGGAAUGAAAAUUUAGCAUACAACAUCAAAUUCUAGUUCUACUGGCAAGGGAGAUAAUCCAAGAUUCGUCAAGAAAUGCUAAAGCUGGUCAGCUUAUCGUUAUCCGAGUACCUGGCUGAUACGCCGCGGUCCCUGCGAUAAAAAAAGGCGGUUGCAAGAAGAGUAGGGCGCAGUUCUAUCAC